AUGUGCACGGUCGAUAGCUUCGACGAGGCUACCUCUAGCGCUCGCUGCGCGGUGAGCGUUUCUGGAGGAGAGCUUCAAGUCUGGAUCAAGCCCGAGAACUUGCUCGAGACUCUGCCCGAUGAGUUUGCGCAUGCCGCGCAAGAGGGGAGGCGGGCGGCGGAGGAGCAAGGGCCGUCCUCGGCUGCAGAGGCGCCGGCUCCGAGGGAGGAGGAGCCGCCGGCCGACUUCAUCUGCCCGAUCACGACCGAGCUCAUGAGUGACCCGGUGAUGGCGGCGGACGGGCAUUCGUACGAGCGGUCGGCGAUCAAGCGCUGGCUCGCGACCAAGUCGACGAGCCCGAUGACGGGCGAGGCGCUCGUGCACAGCUUCCUCGCCCCCAACCACACGCUGCGCCGGCAGAUCCGGGAGUGGCAGCAGGCGGCUUGA